GCGGGAGGAACGGGCGAACCUUUCCUCCCCUCCGAGCGGCGGAGGCACCACCACCGGCCGCCGAGGCGGGCUCCGCCGGUAUGGGCCCCGAAGCGCUGCAGCUCGGCCCCUACGGAGGGGCGGCCGCCGCCGCUUUGCUCCUCUGGGCCGUCUGCCUGCUCUGCAGGAGGAAAAGGAAGACUGGAGAGCCCCCACUAAUAAAUGGCUGGAUUCCUUACCUUGGGAAGGCUUUGAUUUUUAGAAAAGAUGCUUUCAAAUUCUUACUGGAUCAGCAAAAGAAACUUGGAGAUAUUUUCACUGUACAUAUUGCUGGUAGAUAUAUUACCUUUAUCAUGGACCCCUUUCAAUAUGUCUAUGUCAUCCGAAAUAGCAAGCAACUGGAAUUUCAUGAAUUUGCUGAUAAAAUGGCUUCCAAAACUUUCGACUACCCAGCCUUGUCGAAAGGAAAAUUCCCUGAUCUCAAGGAAAACCUGCACAGAAUCUACCAGUAUCUACAAGGCAAGCCUUUGGAUAUCAUUUCUGACCACAUGAUGAAAAAUCUCCAGGAUAUAUUUGAAUGGAAAUGCUCACAAGCAACAGAUUGGGAAACAGAAAAAAUGUACAAAUUCUGCUGCUCUGUAAUGUUUGAAGCCAGUUUUGUAACACUGUAUGGAAGAGUUCCUGCUGCAGAUGGCCACAAAGUUAUUAGUGAAAUCAGAGACAAAUUUAUCAAGUUUGAUGCCAGCUUUCCCUAUUUAGCUGCAAACAUACCGAUUGAGUUGCUAGGAGCUACCAAGAAGGUUCGGAAGGAGCUUAUACAUCAUUUUUUACUUCAGAACAUGACAAAAUGGCUGGGAGGGUCAAAAGUGGUCCAAGCCAGACAAGAUAUAUUUGAGAAAUAUGAGCUGCUUGGAGAUUAUGACAAAGCAGCACAUCAUUUUGCCUUCCUGUGGGCCUCUGUGGGAAACACGAUUCCAGCUACAUUCUGGGCCAUGUAUUAUCUUCUGCGGCACCCAGAAGCUCUUGCAGCGGUGCGUGACGAGAUUGACCAUUUGCUGCAGUCAACAGGUCAAAAGAGAGGGCCCACGGAUAACAUCCACCUCACCAGAGAACAAUUGGACAACCUGGUCUACCUGGAGAGCGCCUUAAACGAGAGUUUACGGAUGUGCUCGUCCUCCAUGAACAUCCGCAUCAGCCAGGAGGAUUUUGUUCUCAAGCUCGAGGGGAAUCAAGAAGUCGGUUUGAGGAAAGGAGACUGGAUAGCCCUUUACCCACAGAUUUUGCACAUGGACCCCGAGGUCUAUGAAGAUCCGAAGGAGUAUAAGUUCGAUCGAUACAUAGAGAAUGGCAAGAAGAAAACCACGUUCUACAAGGCAGGAAGAAAACUGAAGUAUUUCCUAAUGCCCUUUGGCUCUGGGAUCAGCAUGUGUCCAGGGAGGUUCCUCGCAAUGAAUGAGAUGAAGAUGUUCCUUUUCUUACUAUUGGCUCGUUUUGAUGUAGAACUAGCGGAAAACAAAGCUGUCAGACUUGAUAACAGUCGCAUGGGCCUUGGUAUCCUCCUGCCAGACGUUGAUAUUGCCUUUCGUUACAAGCUAAGGUCCUGAAGAAAGUGAGCGGCUGCCUAUAUGCCUUCUACUAAUCUCCAUGUUUGUUCUGUUCCAUCACUCAGCUUUGUAUUUUUGGAAGCAUUUGCUUUUCCCUCUCUGUUUUUACCUCCUUCCUAUUUGUUUCUAAAGAGAAAGGCCCUUGGGCUGGAGGUAGAUAUCAGAUGCGGGGACAGGGAACCUCAGUUUUUCCUGCCUGGGUUGUGACUAGUGAGGUGAGACGACAAGAGUUUGGCCAACUAAAUAGCCCAACGUCCCUACAAGUCCCCAUACACUUGGCCAUGAGUUGAGUAGGAUUUACAGGGAGGAUGACAUCAAGCUGAAUCCAGGCCAUUUAUAAGAGAAACAGGCUCAGGAGCCCUCUAUCCCAGGGGUUGCCCCUCGUUAGAUUGGGAGGUCCCAUACACCCAGCAUCUGGAGGCAUCUCUGCGUCUGCUCAUAGAAGCAUAAUAGCAAGAAAGGGGGAACUUAAUUCUGGGGGAGGGAGAAAGAAUUGUUAGUGUUUAUUAUUCUAACUUUUUAUUUACUCUGUUCCCUUUGUUGUCUUGAUUAUCUUAGCCCUUAGGUGGGAGAUGUGAUGGAAGCUGUGUGGGGUGGUGGGGGUUGAUGUGCAAGAAUGUCUUACUGGCAACACAUUUCUGACUUUGGUUUUAUGUACUGAGGGUGAAUGCUUUGCUUUUCUUCUUUUUUGGUGCAAUGCAAAAAAAAUUGAAAUCUGUGAUUUUUUUCCUGCAGUCAGAAGGGUGGUUCUGCUGAUUUUAGUAGGCUCUGGAUCAAGCCUAAAUGAUCUUUUCUGGCUUUUGAGCCAACAAAGUAUGUUUUUCAGGGAGAAAAUAUAUGAGCCUGUUUGAAAUGAUUCUAUCAUCUCAAAAAUGACCUUCUGUUUGUCUCACUGUUUUCAUAGUAACACGUUCGUGUGUUUAUUUUCACCAUUUCUUGUGUUUGUUCCUUUCUCCAAAAAGGCAGAAGAAGGGCAAGUGUGGUAUCUAAAACUACUUUUUAAUGGUGUUUUACAUCGUGCUUUACGCGUGCAUAGGCAGCGUAGUGUGACUUCUGGAAGCAGACUUGUCCACCUACAAAUUGGAAAAUAAGCUCUUCCCUGGGGCCAAAAUUUGAGCAAGUGAGGACCCCGGGCAGCCACAGAAGUUGUCUGUGCACUGGCUGCCCAACCUGCUUCGCUGCUGACCAGCUCUCGUUUCAAAAAUUAAUUUCCUAGUGCAGGAGAUCUGAGAGUUUUAGACCUUGUCUCUCUUCCCAGCCGUCGCUUCAGAGACUGAUGAGGAUCCUCGUGGCUGUCCAGUCCCCAUUUGCCAAGAUGAUAAUUGUGGUGGGAGAGUAGCCAUGUCUGUGGGCCUUGCCUUGUGUUCCCAAAAAGAACCAUCUCUCUUUGGGAUGUGCCAGCGUAAGUCUUUUAAAAAUCUGAAAUUUUGCUCGUCUCUAAAGCACUUGAUGGCCUACGGAUGGAAACUCUUACUUACACACUAAGGAUUAGAAUUAUUUAUUGUUAUUUGUGUAGAAGCCUGUUUAGUUACUCAUUUAAAGCACAUACCCUAAAUAAGCAUCAGCAUCAGUAGAAAGGCUUUCAGAGAUUGGCACAGCCAUGUUCCAAAUCCUCCCAGGAGAAAAUUGUGGUUUUGUGAGAUAUAUCGGAUAAAUAUUUUCUCUUCAUAUAGAAUAUCAAUAACGUCUACGGUGUUGGAGUGCACUUACAUUAGAUGGGCUUUGCAGUUGAUUAAAUGCUUUAACUUUGCUUCAACAUUUAAUCAACAGCAAAAGCUGAUUAUUGCUUUGUGCCACGGAAUAAAAUUUGUUUUUAUGGAGAGAUUCUUGUACUCAAGUUACUUACUGCUGUAGUUACUCUGUAGGAGCUAUUCUGUUCUCAGCCAUAGCUCACAAUCCAGUUUGGACAUUAGAGCCUGGUUUAUUGAGAGAGGAAACGUUGAUAUCAUUAUACUGUUGACUGUAUUCCAUUAUUGCUUAAAUGUAAGCUGUAAAACGUCUCAUGCCACAGUUAUGAUAAAUCUUUCUUUGGCAUCCAACUUUGAAACAAACCUGAAGCAACUGCGAAAAUAACAGUAGGUAUUUGUUUUAAACAUGUCUUUUUUUUAAUAUAAUUGUAUUCUAUUUUUAGGAUUUUGAAUUAGAAUAUCACAGGCUGCUGCAUAAUUUGCUAGGACAUAAUAGGACUGUGCCAAAAGCACAUGCAAAUCAUUAGUAAUUUCAGAUUAAUUGCUGAUCAGUUUGUGUGGUAUCUAUUUUGAAAUUAAAAGAGGAACUAGAUUGUCUCCAAAAAAGCAAAUUAAAUCUGUAAAGCAUGCUUCCACUUAGGAAAAAAAAAAAAAAAAAGUCAGAAUCUUUCCCAGGAAUUGCAGGAAACUUCCA